AUGAAAUCAAAGCAGAUUCAAUUAAAUUAAAGACCCCUAAAGCAACUUCAGAUGUAAAAACAACAAAUUUAACAAUAAAAUUUAUUUUAUGAUGAGGACAAAUCUUUAAAUGUUCAAUUUUUAAGAACCUUAAAAUAGCCUACACAUUCGAUUCGUCCGAAUAAUAUAGACAUCAACUUACAUUCAAAUUAAUUUAAAACAAACCCUUAUCAUUAUAGUAAUCAACAAAAAAUGAAUCAUAAUUAAAUAGGUCAUCGAGUAAUAAAAUAAACAUAAUUAUCAACCUCCUCAGCAAGAAAGGACAAGAAUAAUAACAGUAAGAGUAAUCAAAUUAUUGAGUAAAUUAGGAAUCAAUACUAUUCUCCUUAAUAAUAAAAUGUUCAAGUUCUACCCUAUUAAUUGAUUUAAUAAUCUCGCAAAAAUUAAGUGAACGAAUUUUUCAGAAAUACAAAUAACAAUAUCUAAUUGGAUCAAUUUAAUCUUCAAAAUAUAGAGUUAUUUAAUUAGCCUUCACUAGGUUUUAAAUAAUUUAUUUCUCGACCACUUUAGAGUAAUUUUAAAUACACUGAGUUUAGAAGAAGGAAUGAAGAAAAACAGAGCACAUAAGUAUAAAGGGAAACAACUUUCGAUGACGAUGAGUUUAUCGCACCGAAAGAAAACUAAUUCAAUAGAAAUCAAUCUAAUAUCGAUUUGUCAUAGAAAGUAUCUUUCGACAUUAAAUCCCUAUAAAAAGUUUGCAAAUUCAAAUCUGAAGAAUCAUAAUAAUUACCUGCUAUGAUCAGUAUUAAGACUCAAGAUAUAGAUUCCGUAGAAACUGAAAGGAGAGUAGGAGUAGAUUUGGUAUUUAUAUUUCAUUAUUAAUAGAUAUGCGUUAUAGAUCGAAGUGGAAGUAUGGCAAGAGGAAAAAUAAAGAUGGUAUAAUAAACUUUAAUAGUUUUGCUUGACUUUUUAGGAGAUCAAGAUAGACUUCAAUUAAUCUUAUUUCAUUAAAGAGCAGAAUAGUUGACUUCAUUAAAAUGCGUAACUGAAGAAAAUAAAGAAUACUUUAAAGAAGUUAUUAAUUAAAUCACAUCCAGAGGAGGAACAAGAAUAUCAGAAGGUACAAAUCUAGCAUUUCAAUAAUUAAACAAGAGGAGGUAUAGGAAUAAUGUGAGUUCAAUUUUCCUAUUAUCUGAUGGCCAUGAUCCUUAAGGAGCAAUUGAAGUGGAAUAAUAAAUUGGUAUUGCAUCGGAUCCUUUUACUUUGCAUACCUUUGGAUUUGGCGAUACUCAUGAUGCAUAGUUAAUGACAACUAUUUGUAACUUAAAAAAUGGAAGCUUUUAUUUUGUUUAAGAUAUUACAUUGUUGGAUGAGUUUUUCGUUGAUGCUUUAGGAGGUCUGAUCUCCGUAAUUGGAGAAGAAGUACAAAUAUAGAUCACAUCCAAUCCAGAUUAACAAUAUAAAGAUAUAAGCAUAUCAAAGACCUUUGGUAAUAUGUGGAGAGAAAAUAAUCAAUCCUAUGAGAUUAAAUUUCCGUAAUUGAUUUCAGGAACAAGAAAGGAUUUUGUAUUUGAAAUUAAAAUUCCCCAAUUUAUUCAGAAGAAUAUCAAUAAUAAAAAAAUCUAAAUUCUUGAGGCUAAAAUGAAAUUAAAAAAUCCAAUAAAUGGAGAAAUUGUUGAAAAAAUAGCCUUUCUUUCCCUAACAUUUAUCAACCCAGAUUAAGAAGGCAUUUCCAUUGAUGAAGAUCCUGAAGUUUAGACUUAAUAUUAUAGAGUUAAAGGAACGGAGGCAAUUGAUGAAGCUAGAAAAGCAUGUGAACUGAACAAAUUCGAAGAUGCUUAGUCUCGUAUAAAUCAUAUUAUGAUACAAAUAUAAUAAAAUCAACUUAUGAGAUCUUUAUGCUCUGGAAUAAUUUAAGAUCUUGAUCAAGCCAAACAAGCAUCUUUGAUGACCACUUACAAGACAUUUGGUUAAAAGUAAAUGUAUUAAAUGGUUACUAACAAUUAUCUACAGGGUGGAAUCAACUCAAUUUUCACUGUUAACGGAAAAUAAUUAUAAUAAAAACAGCCCGCUCAAUUUUAAAAUCGAAUUUAAUAGAUAAUGAUGAAUAAAGUCUAAAAUCAAAAAUUCAGAUAGAAUUAUUGA